UCACGUGUGACUUCACCACAGCAAGUCGGAGAAUCUGGUUUGACUCUCCCUCGCCGGCGGCCGGCGCCGUGCUCCCGCAGCGGCGCAGCCCCCGUGUCCAACUCCAACAUCUACGCCCCGUCGAGUCACGUGCCGUGCCCGCACGAGCACCUGCCCCUUAUCCCUGGCCGCGCUCCGCGCUACCGCGGCGAUCGGGCGUCCACUGCCCAGUCGCGCACCUUCCCUCGCCGUACGAAUAUGGCCCCUAUUCCCGCUCCUAUCGCGCGCCUCCCCCUCUUCCCUCGCCGUGUCCACACCCCCCCUCCCUCAUCCCCGACCAUCAGUACCGGCGGAGGCACGACACACCGCGCGCACGAGGACGCCGCAGCGGAUCGGAGGAGUGGAUCUGGGGGGAAGGGAGACGGCGCGGGGUAGCAGCACAUCACUCCGGAGCACGGGGCGACUGGCGCGGCGGGCGCCAUGGCUAAAAAGGGCACGGAUAAGGGGGCGUUCUUCACGGAGUACGGCGAGGCGACCCGGUACCAGGUCGGCGAAGUGGUCGGCAAAGGCAGCUACGGCGUUGUGGCGUCUGCCGUCGACACCCACACCGGCGAGCCCGUCGCCAUCAAAAAGAUCGACGACGUCUUCGAGCAUGUCGCCGACGCCACCCGCAUUCUCCGCGAGAUCAAGCUGCUCCGCCUUCUGCGCCAUCCAGACAUCGUCCAGAUCAAGCACAUCAUGCUCCCGCCGUCGCGCCGCGAGUUCCGUGACAUCUACAUUAUCUUCGAGCUCAUGGAGUCCGACCUCCACCAGGUCAUCAAGGCCAACGACGACCUCAGCCCGGAGAACCAUCAGUUCUUUUUCUACCAGCUGCUUCGUGGGAUGAAGUACAUACACGCUGCCAAUGUCUUCCACCGGGACCUCAAGCCCAAGAACAUUCUAGCCAAUGCAGAUUGCAAGCUCAAGAUUUGCGACUUCGGCCUUGCUCGGGUUUCCUUCAACGACACCCCUUCUGCGAUAUUCUGGACGGAUUAUGUAGCAACAAGGUGGUAUCGUGCUCCAGAAUUAUGUGGCUCCUUCUUUUCAAAGUAUACUCCUGCAAUUGAUAUUUGGAGCAUAGGAUGUAUAUUUGCCGAAAUGCUUACAGGGAGGCCGCUCUUUCCUGGCAAAAAUGUGGUACAUCAAUUGGAUCUCAUGACUGAUCUACUCGGCACUCCUUCGGCAGAAUCUAUUUCUAGGAUUCGAAACGAAAAAGCUCGGCGAUAUUUGGGAAACAUGAAAAAAAAGCAUCCAAUACCUUUUUCUCAGAAGUUUCCCGGUGUAGACCCCAUGGCACUCCAUUUGCUUGAGCGUCUUCUUGCUUUUGAUCCCACAGAUCGGCCAACCGCUGCAGAGGCCUUGGCAGACCCAUACUUUACUGGAUUGGCAAAUUCUGAGCUCGAACCCACAACGCAACCCAUCUCGAGACUUGAGUUUGAGUUUGAGAGAAGGAAGCUGGCCAGAGAGGAUGUACGUGAAUUAAUUUACAGAGAGAGUACCAUCCUCAGAUGUUGCAUGAGUAUCUUCGUGGUGGAGAUCAGGCAAACUUUCUAUACCCAAGUGGGGUGGAUCGUUUCAAGAGGCAAUUUGUUCAUCUCGAAGAAAUCGGUGCUAAGGGUGAAAAGACUAGCCCGCAGCUGCGGCAGCAUGCUUCCUUACCAAGGGAAAGAGUUAUCGGCAGCAGUGAUGAGCCUGAAAAGCCAAAUGCAGAUUACUGUAUAAAAUUGCAUGUAGGUGAGGUACCAGGUCACACAUCGGUGACAGAUGGCCUUAACAAGCCACUGUUGAACACUCGAAACUUCUUGAAGAGCGAAAGCAUCGGUGCCUCCAAGUGCAUCGUCGUCAAAGAAAAGCGAGAAAAAGAUGUAAGUGCUGCGACAACAUUACCUCCCUAAUACUAUUAAUAAAACCAAAUAUGUUGAGUUGACCUUUUUUCUGUUAAUAACCAAAAUGGAUCAAUGUUGAAAGUUGACGCCAGAUUUUUAGCGACGAUCAGAUUUGCCAUGCGAAAACAGAUACAAUUGCGUACAAGGAUUUGCCAUUGUUCUACAGUGCAAAUUGCCAUGUAGCGUAAGAAAAUCACAGAAAAAUUGCCUUGGUGCAGUGAUUAAUUGCCAUGUGUUCGAUCGGGAUCCGACAUACCUGAGGACGUCAGAUUUUUAAUACUAUAAAUCUAACGUCAGAUUUAUAUUGAGAAAGUUCUUGUCUAGAUUUAAAGGCUCGGUUGUCUAUGCAAAUGCGAUAUAGAACCCGAUAUGAUGUUGUGCUGCUUUUAAGUCAAGAGUUAAAGGCUCAGAUUGUCUACCACUCCCUUCAUUCCAUAAUUCUUGUCGUGGUUUUAGUUCAAAUUUGAACUUAAACCACGAUUAGAAUUAUGGGACGGAGGGAGUAAUUCCUAAAUAACAUGGUAUGGUAAAAAAGCUGUGUGAUAUGUGAUUCGUAUUUCCGAAAUGAGCCAACAUUGAGUCACAGAGUACGGAAUAGUUCCAGUGUCAAUGUAGGUUGAGAAACUGAUAAAAAAUGCUUGAGUCUAUUAAAGCUGAAAGCUCAUUAUGUAUUAAUAAGUUAAACUUUUGUGCAUGUUGGUUGGAUUUCUGUUUCCCAGAACAAACUGACGUGGAGGGUAGGCAGUAUACCUCUCUACAAGGGGUCCAGUUGUACCCUAGCAGCUUUCAGAACAUGCCUUAUAAGUCCUUGGAAUCCAUUAAUUCACAUUGAGUGAACACAUUGAAGUUCCACGCUACGAGUUGAUUCUCUGAUGUAAUGGCCCCUCUAACUUGGAUAACGUUGCUAUCAAUCAAAUUGUGUGUGCUCGUUUGUUUUUGCAGGAGGAAUCUAUGUCUGACUAUAUGCAUGAAGCAUGAAGAACAUCUGAUGAGGAACCGAAAAGGACUGCUCAACUCAAAAGUUUGUGAUGAUACAGGGGAGACAGAAGCACGUCCGAUCCAUGGGGGCUUCACUUCAGAAUCCCGAGCACACGAAUCAGAUCGAUGAACCACACUGAUGCCGGUGCCGGAUAGUCAUCUCAUUGGUUAGCAGAGCAUAGGAUUUAUUUCAAUUUUUUUGGGCGCAACUUUGAUCGAUGCUCCCAUUCAUGUAACUGGUAGAGUUUAGAAUGUAACCAACAGAGUGUAGAAUGUAACCAGCAUAUACUGGAGUAGAGUACAUGACUCGACUUCUUAUUACUCGUGCAAUGCUUUCUUACUA